CUUCCUUCUGUGACUGUCUCUUGACUUGUAUGGCACCAAUUUUUCGACCCCAAUUCUGUACCUUCCCUUCUUCACACACAAUAUGGUCGUCGAUACCAAAUACUACGAAACACUGGGCGUAGACCCUUCAUGCUCCGAUGCCGAAAUCAAGAAGGCAUAUAGAAAGCUUGCCAUGAAGUAUCACCCUGAUAAGAACCCUGAUGCCGGUGACAUGUUCAAGGACAUAUCGCAUGCGUACGAAACACUCUCAGAUCCCGAAAAAAGAGAAGCAUACGAUCGGUUCGGUGACGAUGGCCCACAAAUGGGAGGCGGCUUUGGCAUGUCCCCUGAUGACUUGUUUGCAAAUCUUUUUGGUGGAAUGGGUGGAGGAUUCGAGUUUGGCGGCGGUGGUGGCUAUGGUGGGCGUCCUUCAAGACCCCGCCGUGGAGAAGAUAUGGUUCACCCAUUGCAAGUGACAUUGGAAGAUUUGUAUAAAGGAAAGCAUACCAAGCUUGCUAUGGAGAGAAGCAUCAUUUGCUCACAUUGCCAAGGCAAAGGCGGCAAAACUGGAGCUGUUAAAAAAUGUGUUACUUGCAAGGGCCGUGGUUUCCAAGUUGCUAUGCGCCAAAUUGGUCCCGGUAUGGUGCAGCAAAUGCAAGUUGCCUGUCAAGACUGCAGUGGUAGCGGUGAAGUUAUCAAGGACAAAUGCAAGAAAUGCAAAGGCAGAAAGGUCACUUCUGAAAAGAAGGUUCUGGAUAUCUUCAUCGAAAAGGGUAUGGUCGAUGGACAAAAGAUUGUCAUGAAAGGCGAAGGUGACCAAGAGCCCGGUGUUGAAACUGGAGACAUUAUACUUGUUAUCAAACAGAAAGAGCAUGAACGUUUCCAGAGAUCCGGUAACGAUCUCCUCUGCCGAGUGAAAAUCACUUUGAUCGAAGCUCUUGCUGGAUUUGAUAAGAUCAUUGCCUUGCAUCUUGAUGGUCGCGGCAUUCAUGUCACUCACCCAGCUGGCGAAGUCAUCAAGCCUGGAGAUAUUCGACGUAUUCCUCACGAAGGCAUGCCAACAUUCAAGCGCCAGGAUGACCUUGGUGAUCUCUACCUUCAGUUCGACGUUGAAUUCCCAGAAAACAUGUGGACUUCUGUUGAUCAUGUUAAGACCAUGGAGUCCAUUCUACCAGCAAGGCCAGUCGACACCACCAAGAAGCCAGACAUUGUAGAUGAAUGUGCUCUGUUAGAAGGCGACUUGGAGCAGUUUGGUGCCAAGAGCCGUGCCUCAAACGUUUGGGACGAAGACGAAGAAGAUGAAGAAGAUGCCAGAGGAGGAGUCAAUUGUGCCCAGCAGUAAACAAUGGAGAAAGGCGUAUUAACAAAGAAUCACUGUAGAAACAAAAAUUAAAAAAAAAAAAUUGUAUUGGAGCGUAUCACAGAUCUUUUGACAUUGGUGAACGUACUUAUUCAUUAGGAACUUAUAUCAUCUGUACUGCUAUCUGUACAUUAUUUUAAAUUGCUUAGAGUUGUUCAUAUCAUCCACACGACCGACAAAAAAAUUUAUUUGAUUUGAUUG